UGUUUUACAUUUGUGCACUGUAUUUUAGUUGUUUUGCAGCAUUACACUAUAUUACACUGUGUUACCUACUAUAACACUACACUAUAUUACACAGCAAACACAGUGCUGCAAUAUACUGUAACAUAGCAUUCCUGUCAUUGCAGUUUAAUUACUGUGUAGUAUUAAUGCACUGUUGAACCACUACACUUUAUCAUAUUGCAGCAUUUAUACUGCUACGCAGUGUACUCUGUUACUAUUUUGCAUUACUGUGUUGAAUGACAUUAUUACUGCGCUGAAAAGAAAAUUGUAAUUUUAUUUUUGGAUUUUUUUUCUCUUUGGCUACUUAAUUUAUGAUUGUAUAUUGUUAUAUUCAGAUUGCUAUGAAAAAAGCCAGAUUUUCACAUUUUAUUAUGAAUGUACCUGAGCACUUAAACAAUGAAUGGCUUGCAUGUUUUCCAAAAGAAUGUUUUUCUGUUAAAAACCCACCAUACUCAUACAAUACUAAAGAGUCUCAACUUGAGGCAAAAAUAUAUUCUCAUUUGUCUCAACAUGCUCCCAAGCUAAUGAAAGAAAUAACAACUGCAAAUAAUGUUUCAAAGUUUGUAAUUGAUGAGCAUAAAUUUAAGUGCUGGAUUAUUGAGCCUUUUGAGUAUUUCAUUUGUGGAAAAGAUCCCUCUAAAGGUUUUGAAGAGUUGAGAAAGAUUAAUAAACCACCAAAUUUUUGUGGGCGAUUAUUUAAAGUUGGUGAUCCAACAUAUACUUGCAAAGAUUGUGCUGCUGAUCCAACAUGUGUGUUUUGUCAUGAUUGUUUUCAUCAAAGUGUACACACAAAACAUAAGUAUAAGUUGUUUGCAUCUCAAGGGAGAGGAGGAUAUUGUGAUUGUGGUGACAAAGAAGCUUGGACUAAUGAUCCUGCUUGUAAUAAACAUAAAGAAAAUACUAAUGAAGAUGCAAAGGAUCCUUUGGUAAAUCUUCCUGAAGAUGUGUAUAACUAUACAACAUUUUUAUUUACUGUUUUACUAAAAUACUGUAUUGAUAUGGUUUACUGGAGAACAAAUAAUUCAUUGCCAAGUCCACUUACUAUAGAAUCAAAUGAUGAAAAUUCUUAUAUCGUUAUGUUAUUUAAUGAUGAGAUUCAUUCCUAUAAAGAGGUUAUUACAGCAUUACAAAAAUCAAUCAAAGCAACAGAACAGCAAGGUUUUCAAUUGGCUGCAGUUGUUGAUAAAGAGGGUCGCUCUGCAAUAUUCAAUGGUAAUAUGACAGAAAGUGUAAAUGUUGCUGCUACAUGCAAGAUUCACACCUCAAAAAAUAAGGCACCAUUGCGUUGCGAAGCAAUACACAAAGAUGUGAUUGCACAUCAACUUUGUGCAAUUGAAAUUAUGUCAUGGCUUGCAAGUGUUGUUGACAAAUCAGAUGCUUUGCGAAGAUUACUCUGUUUACUAGUAUGUAAGCCUCUUUGUGGUCGACCUAUACCAUUGUUGGAGCAAGUAAUUAACGAUGAUGCUCAACUUUGGAAAGCUGCAAGAUUACAAGUGCAUCAGUUAUUUGUAAAUAGCUUGUUGAUGGAUAUCUCAUUUGGGAGAGUAGAAUUUGCUAUUGCAUUUGCCAAGAACUAUGUUAAGAUGAUCAAUGAUUUCAUAGAAGAUGAUCACGAUCAUUCUAUUUCAGUUUCAGCAUUAUCUGUUCAAAUAUUUACUGUUCCGUCAAUUGCAGAACUUCUUAUCCUAGAACAUGAUAUUUUAGCAGUGUGCUUAGAAACAUUUUUAGUUUCAAUAAGGCCAGCUGUCGGAGUGAAUGGUUCAUUAGAUUUUCAAGGAAAAUUGAAAUUUGUGAACCUGAAAAGAAGUGAAUAUAUUCUAAAUGAUAUAAGGUACCUUCUUCGGAUGAAACCUAAAUGGACAGAGCUAUUGCGUGGAAAGUUUAUUGCGUUUUUCCAUCAUUUUUUGCAGUUGUUAAAAAUAAUGCAAGGUAUGGACUCAGUAACGCACAAGGUUUUGUCACAUGUUGCAUAUGAGCCUAAUUGGGAAUCUGGUUUUAAUUUGCAACUGUGGUGCAUGUCUUUGUUUCACGAAAUGUAUGUUUGGUGUUAUAGUGAUAAAGAAGUUUUAAGUACUUGUACUGUUAUGUGUCUCAAAGUAUUAAAUGAGUUACCUUUACAGUACAUUACUCAUGACAAAGUAUUAAAUGAGUUACCUUUACAGUACAUUACUCAUAACAAAUCUAAAGUUUUUGUAGAUUACAAUAUUAAAACAAUGCGAGUUUCUAUUCAUGCACCAUUAUCAAGGUUUAUUGCUGGUUUGCUGUGUGGUAUGGUGAAACAAAAUUUAAGCAUAGAAGAGCAUAUUAUCUUAAAUUUAAAUAACACUAUUGAUGAGAAAGCUAGGUGGCAGCAGAAGCUAAUAGAGUUCCCAUUAAGGGCUCUUGUACUGAUGGCACAAGUUAACGCUAGUAUGUGGAAAAGAAAUGGGUUUUCAAUUCUUAAUACUGUUAUUUAUUAUCAGAACAUUCGUUUUACUUGUGAGAUGUAUGACAGAGACAUACAACUCUUACAGAUGGUUGCUUCAUGUAUGGAUUCUAAUUAUUUUAUUGAUUCUCUUCUAUACAAAUAUGAUUUAGCUGCAUGGGUAAGCGAAGAAAAUAAGGAAAAUUUGCAAGCUGUAACUGUUAUUGCAGAAGAAUUUUUAUUGACUCUCUUUUACGUUCUCAGUGAAAGAUAUGUAAUUGGCAUCGGUGAAACAACUUAUAAAGAAAUUCUUACACGUGAAGUUAUUCAUAGAUUGGCUAUAGGGCCAUCUUCUCGAAGCAAUCUAGUUAAACAUCUUCCAGCUGCAGACCCAGAAGAUGAUGACAGUUGUUCUUUUGAAAGUUUACUUGACGAAGUUCUCAAUGAAGUAGCAGACUACAGAGAGCCAGGAUUGACAGGAAAAGGAUUGUUUUGCUUGAAAACAGCUCAAAUGCAUCUUUGUAAUCAAUUUUUUAUUCAUUAUACAAAGAUUGAUAGAUCAAAGGUACUUGAAGAGCGAAAUGCUUUUUUAAAAAAAACUAAUGAUAACAAUGUAACAUUUUUGGCUAUGCCACCAAGAUUUCUCCCAAAACUAGAAUCUGUAUUAAAGUUGCUGCACUCAGAAAAGUUAGCGUUUCUUAUGAAGCUAGUUUUAAAUCGAGCUUUAUCAAUGCAAAUGGUGACUGUAGAAAUUAUAGAAGUGACUUUGUUAAUUAUUGCUGUUGGAUUAUUGGAAACAAAGAGAGCAAGAAAUAGUGAAAAGUUUGAGUUCAACUUUUUGGAAGUUUUGUUAAAAAAGAAUAAUGAUGAGUUCUCCAUAUUUGAGCUUAUUGAAGAUUUAAUUACCAAACCAUCAUCUAAAGAAUUUCAAAAAAUGGUCAAGUGGAUAAAAUUGCUCAUUGAAGAAGAAAUGGUUUGCUCAACUAUUCAUAAACAUGAUCUAAAGUUUUUACCAUCUGAAGAUGAUUCUGUACAAGAUGAUAAAGCCAAAAAGUUGAUGCUCUCAAAAGAACGAAAAGAGAGACUGAUUGCCCAGAUGAAUAAAAUGCAAACAGAUUUUAUGAAAUAUCACCAUGAAAUGUUUGAGGAUGAUAGCAAUAAUAAAGAUGUUUAUGAAGAUAUAAAUUAUAUUGAAGACAUUUCUUUACCAAUUGCAAUUGGUUGCAAAAGAUCACAUAGUGAAGAAAACAUUCAACAGGCUCAGUGUAUUCUUUGUCAAGAAGAACAGCUUUUAGAUAAUGAAAAUUCCUUCAUUGUUAUGAUAUUUGUUAAUGAAUCAAGUGUUUUUCAUUUUCAAAAUAAGAAAAGUGAAAACCUGCAACCUUCUUUUUGUGAUAAUUCAGCUUGUGUAAAUGUAUCUAGCUGUGGUCAUAUUGCUCAUGGUAAAUGUUGGGAUAAGUAUUAUACUUCAAGAUUUAGUACAAGUGCAUCUACUUUUUUUUCAAAUCGACUAAAUACUAUUGAUGUAUCAAAAUCUGAGUUUUUGUGUCCUUUAUGUAACUCAUUGUGCAACUCAGUACUUCCACUUCUCCCGAGAAUUGUGGAAUCUCUGCCAGUUAGCGAAGAUACAGAUAUGGUUAGUCUAACAGAAUUGCUUGCUUAUAUGGAUAAGUUUUCUUCUGAAUUGUCUCGUAAUCAAACAAAAGAAAUAAAACAAACUGGACUUUUACAAACUUGUGUUAAAAUACCACAAAAAAUUCCGAAAAUUUUUUAUGCAUAUGUAGGGUGGCAUGAAAAAACGCCAAAUUUUAUGGAGUUGUUUCUAAAAAAACUUCUAAAGCUGUCUUCUGCUUCUUCCUCGACAGUAGAUGACAUAGCCAUCUCUUCUGCUGUACCUUUGUCUUGGAUGGCAUGUUCAUUUACACUACAAGCUUUAGAAUGCCAGUUUAGAUCUGCUGGUAAAAACAUGUUCUUUAAUGUCUCUGAAAGACAGUCUCUAUUCAUAAAUUCAUUUGUUAAUCUUCUUCAAUCAAGCUGUGUUAUUCCAUCUUAUACACAUAUUGAAGAAUUUGCAGAAAAGAUCUUUAAUUUUUUUUGUGGCAAAUUAGAAAGCGACAUUUCUAUCCUAACAUUGGAUGUUUUUGGUGUUAUGAUUAGUUUACGAUUUAUUGUUGCAGCUGUUCAGCAUUUAUUUCAAAGCUCAGUAUGGUUUCCUUUUGCAUCACAUUUACUUGAUGAUGUAGCUUUUAAGUUAUGCUUGAACACAUAUAUCAUAAAAUGUUUUAUAACUGCGCCAUUAUAUUUAAAAAAAGAUCAUGAGGAUGGUAAACCAACUGCAGAUACUGAUAUACUAAUGUUGACAGAAAAUGAAAAUGAGGUUGUCAAAACAUUUGCAACUUUAAAAUCAUUUUGUGGCAUUCAAGUUGACACUCAACAAAUUAAUGGUCAUUUAUUAAAGAAGCAUGUGGUUGAUUCAUUGUUACCUUUUCUGCGAUGCUCUGCCUAUUUCUUUCAUUUUUUGACUGGUGUAAAAAUUCCCGAAAGUCUUAAAACAGAAUAUAUUUGUGAUGAACUAUUUGUACUUUUAACAUACUUGAACAUUCCUGUGAAUAUUGAUGAGCUCUUAACAUUAAAUUGGUUAAUGCAAGAAGAGAAAAUGAUCCAAGUAACAAAAAGGUGGUGUGAACACAAAGAUGUUUACAAUGUUUCUAGUAUUAAAAUAGAGAAGUGCUACUUUACUGCACGCCGAUUGAUCACCUUACCACAUGAUUAUAGCUCUUUGAUUAACAUGGCCUCAGGCUUCAGGUGUCCUACUACUGGUGAUAGCAGUUGCAUUCCAUCGUUGUGUCUUGUAUGCGGAGAAAUGUUAUGCAGCCAAUGUUAUUGUUGUCAGACUAAAAACGAGGAUCAGUACGGUGCAUGCGUAUUACACUCAGUGUCUUGUUCUAACUGUGUUGGGAUUUUUUUUAUAGUUAGACAGAGUGAAAUUGUUUUGUUGUACAACCACACAUUAGGAAUGAUGAUUCCUUCUCCUUACUUAGAUCAGUAUGGUGAGGCUGACCGCGGUUUUAGACGCGGCAACCCACUAUUUUUAAAUGAAAAGAGAUACGAAAAUUUGGAGAGAAUAUGGAUUAGCCAGCAGAUUCCAGAAAAUAUUGUUCGAAAAAUUGAAACCGAUCGAUCUUUAUUAUCAAAUGAAUGGUCGCGUUACUAAACUUAAGUUAUUUUCUUGCAAUUUUCAGUGAUUUAAAUUGCGUAAAUCUUGUUAUUGUGAUAUAAUUGAUAAUUGAUAUAAUUGGUUUUUCAGUCGUAAAGCAAACAAUGAGAUGACAUAUUUUGAUCAUUUAUUUUGAUAUUUUGAAAAUUUCUUUAUUUGGAUUAAUUUAAAGCUGGUUGAGGGUAUUUAUGAAUUACUUAAAAGACAGAAUUAUUACCACGUCAUUGCGUCAUUACCUAGUGAAUCUUUGCUGCUCUUUUAAAAGAAAGACGUUAAUUAGUUAUUUUUAUUAAAUCAAUAUGAUGGUGAAUAUUACACCAGAUAGUUAUAUCAUGUUACAAAUUAAAGUACUUUACGAUUGGAUGAUUUAAAUUUUGGAGAUUUGUGAUUUUAUGCGAAGGGGGUUAUUCCAUUUUCUUUGACAUUUCGGUUAAUGAGUAUUUUAUCUAUAAUAAAUAUGAUGAUUGCAAGAUUUACAAUUAAAUAUAAAGUUCAUAAAUUCGCAAUAUUCAAUAUAAGAUUUAUCAGUUUUUUAUAGCAAAUAUAACUAAAUAUAGUAAAAUGUUGUCGACAAUUGACUUGGCAUUCAUAAUAAUUGAUACUAGUAGUAUUACUAAGGUAAUAAAAUAUAUCUGAGGGUGACAGUGCUGUCAAAGUAAGCCAGGUUUUGGAAUUAUUACCAAAAUUCUAAAGUCUUUAAAGUCUUAAAGUUGUGACAAACUUUUAUAAAAAAGUUGUAUAUUUUUGAAUGUUGUAAACAUGUUUAAAAUCUGAAAAAUUGAAAUCUAUCAAUAUGAUAAAGGAAAAUAUCACUGCAUAUUUUUGCUAGAUUUAGUAAUGCAUAUCUAAAUGUAAAGUAAUGCACACCUGAAUUAAAUAAGCACAUUUGUAAAAA